AUGCGCAAUGUGCGGUGGCAGUUUGGGGACAUCGUGCCGGACUACCUGGCAGGCCCCAACACCGCCAUCCUCUUCCUCAGCCUGAGGUUUCACUUGCUCAAGCCUGAGUAUAUUUAUGGGCGCAUGAAGGCGUUGCAGCGAGCCUACCGACUCCGUGUGCUCCUGUGUCAUGUAGACACCGAGGAUGCUGUCGGUCCCUUGGGAGAGGUGACCAAGGCUGCCAUUGGACUGGAGUGCACCCUCAUAUGCGGCUUUUCGCCGCAGGAGUGUGCGCGGUACAUUGAGACAUACAAAAGUUAUGAGAGCAAGCCGGCAGACAGCAUCCAGAAGUCGGUGGGCUCGGACUUUGUCUCGACCGCCACUGCUGCGUUGACAUCCCUGCGGGGGGUAAACAAGACAGAUGUCAAGACCCUAGGAGACAGGUUCCACGAGCCCUUCAGGAAUACCCUCGUGCCGCAAGCAGCACCAGAAAAAGCUGGCAAGCAGGCGGCGCGACAACCUUUUGUCCCUGGGCCGUCCCUCCCAGCCCAGAAACUGUCGAGCGGAAAGAACAAGGGCAGUAUCCUGGAUCGCAUGCGCCAGCGUCUGACGGGCGGCCGCUUCCGCUGGCUGAACGAGCAGAUGUACACCAGCGAGGGUGCCGACGCGCAGCGCCUGAUGCAGCAGCACCCAGCAUACUUUGACGAAUACCACGAGGGCUUUCGGGAACAGACGCGGUCCUGGCCCCAGCUCCCAGUAGAGACCGCGCUCUCCUGGCUGGCCUCAUGCCCCAAGGCCUGGCGUGUGGCCGAUCUGGGGUGCGGCGAUGCCCAGCUGGCAGUGCGCGCAGCGCAGCGUGUCUUCAGCUACGACCUGGUCGCACGUGCUCCUGGCGUCGUGGCCGCCAACAUGGCGGACCUGCCGCUGGGCGACGCCGCCGUGGACGCGGCGGUGAUGUGCCUGGCGCUGAUGGGUACCGACUACCCCGCUUUCCUGCGGGAGGCGGUGCGCAUCCUGAAGCCGGGGGGGAUCCUCUGGAUCGCAGAGGUGCAGAGCAGGUUCAUGCAGGAGUCGGGGCAGGGCAGCAUCCUGGAGCCCUUCAUUGCUGCCGUAGAGGGGCUGGGGACCGAGCUGAAGUUCAGGGACGAGAAGAACCCAUACUUCCUGCUGCUGCGCUUCAAGAAGCAGUCCAAGGCCGCGGUGGCAGAUGUGGAACUGGACGAAGAUGAGGCGGCCUGGCCCACGCUGCGCGCCUGCCAGUACAAGAAACGAUGA